CCCCAUUCCUUCAACGAUCAUCGUCGCCAUCACAACCACCACACUCAUCCACACUACCUCAAACCGCCAAAACGUCGGUCGCAUUAAUCUACGCAACCCAACAACAACCACACCAACAAGCCGCCAAAAUGCCUCGCCAAAGCCGUGGUUCCGCCCGUCCUUCCGUCCCCGCGCGCAAGCCCGUGGCUCCUACCAACCAGCAGCAACAGCGUCCUGCUUCCACCUACGCUCCUCCCGCCGCUGCUCCCCACGCUCCUCCCGCUGCCGCCGCGCCCGUCUCCCAGGGCCCCGGUCUCUUUGGUCAGAUGGCUAGCACUGCUGCUGGUGUCGCCAUCGGCUCCUCCAUCGGCCACGCCAUCGGAGGCAUGUUCUCCGGUGGCGGUUCCUCCGCCGCCCCCGAGGCCGCCGCCGCGCCCGUCCAGGCUCAGGCCGCCGCCGCCCAGAACUCGUCGUGGGGCAACAACUGCUCCGAGGCGACCAAGAGCUUCACCCAGUGCAUGGACCAGCACCAAGGCAACAUGCAGAUUUGCGGCUGGUACCUGGAGCAGCUCAAGGCUUGCCAGGCUGCUGCUAGCCAGUACUAAAUACUGAACUCUUCUUCUCUCUCUCUUUGCCUCUCUCGUUACUGAGAGGUUGAGGGAGUCUGACGGUUCGGUAAGAGGGGGGGUGAAGAUGUGAAGGAUUUGGAAAUGGGAGAGAGAAAGAACAGAGAGGGGACGUGUGUGUGUGUGUGUACGAUUAGUUGAGAGGAGGAGAAAAGCAAGUAGCUUCGUUGCUUGGCUUUGUCGUCUUACCGCGAAGGCGCCGCUCAAUUUACGUCUCCCAUCCUCUCGAAGAAGCUCGAAGACGGGGUUCACGCAGCAUAUACCAACAACAACAACAACAUCAUGAUACCAGCAUUGGAGUUCAGGAAUUGGUCUCGAAGAUGGCGAUAUAUCAUCAUUAUCAUUAUAAGGAUAACACAAAGAACUGUACAAAUACAAGAUUUUUGCCUUCCUCUCUGGAGGGAUUA